UUUUAAGUCUUCAUUGAGCCUCACAUGGCGGCACGGUGGAUCAGAUGUUGCGUGCAUGCAGAUGUCUGAGAGGAAUUUGGCUUCUGCUACAUCUGACAGCAUGCGUGGCAGGUAUGACGGGGAGAUGCAGCCUGUUUGGACGACACCAUGUUCACACCUUCGACGGGGUUCUGUACGAGUUUCCCGGCGACUGCAGCUACCUCCUGGCUGGGGACUGCAAACUUCGCUCCUUCACUCUGCUGGGUGAUUUUGUUGAGGGCAAAAGGAACGGCGUCACGUUGUUUCUCGGGGACGUCUUUGAGCUGCAACUGUCUGUCAACGGAAGACUGUCACAGGGAGAAACUAGACUUAAUCUUCCGUACGCAUCGCACUCCGUCUUUGCCGGCCAGGAGCUGGGAUUCUACAAGCUGUGGAGCGAGGAAUUUGGCUUCACGGUGACCAUCGACAACGCGGCCAACAUCGCACUGACGCUAAGCGAAGGUCACGCCAACCACACCUGCGGCCUCUGCGGUAACUUCAAUUCAGAACCGGCUGAUGAAUUCACCGCUCAAGAAGGAUUCCUCACAGAGGAAAGCUACGACUUUGCUAAUUCCUGGGCGGUGAAAGGAGCAGGACAAGCCUGCAGACGCAUCUCACCUCCCAGUCUGUCCUGCAACACCUCCAAAGACACUUCAGAGAUUCUGUCCAGCUGCAACAUGUUGCAAACAUCCGCCCUGUUCCUGCGCUGCGCCCACUUGGUAUCACCCGACGCCUUCCUGUCCCUGUGCCAGAAGGAAGUGUGCCAUUGCGGCCAGGGCAACAGCGAAGAUUGCUACUGUCCAGUCCUUCUCGAAUACGCCCGCACGUGUCACGCCCACGGGAUGCUUUUACAAGGGUGGCAACAGGAGACAGAAUGCUUUCCAAAAUGUCCUAUUGGAAUGCACUACAGCGAAUGCACUAAGUCAUGCUCCACAACCUGCCAUAGUCUCAACAUCCAGGAGGUCUGCAAAGAAGAGUGCGUGGAUGGAUGCACAUGCCCUGUGGGCAAAGUGUUGGAUGGCACCCGGUGCGUGGAGGUGUCUCAGUGUUCCUGCGUGCAUAUGGGUCGACACUUUCCCCCUGGCUCCACCAUUUCUCAAGAUUGCAACACUUGUGUGUGUCGACACGGUUCGUGGGAAUGCACCAAUGAAGAUUGCCCCGGUGAGUGCCUGGUGGUGGGUCAGUCCCACUUCAAGACCUUUGACAACAAGUUCUUCACCUUCACGGGCCCAUGUCAGUACAUGCUGGCCCAAGACUGCACUAAGCGGGAGUUUUCUGUCAUUAUUGAAAAUGUGCAGUGCGCCGAUGAUCAGGACGCUGUGUGUACCCGCUCUGUGACCCUCAGUCUGGCCAGUCUGGAGGACAUGACAGUGAAGCUGAAGCACGGAGGAAUGGUUUCUGUCAACGGCAUGGACAUCCAGACCCCAAUGCACCACGGUCGCUUGAAGAUCCAGAGAUCUGCCCAGUCAUCUGUGCAUCUAAAAUUGGGAGAUAACCUGCGUCUUGACUGGGAUGGACGAGGCCGAGUGCUCUUAAAGCUCAGCCCAUACUGGGAGGGGCGCACUUGCGGCCUGUGCGGUAACUACAAUGGUAACCAAGGCGACGAUUUCUUGUCCGCAUCUGGGCUGGUCGAGGCAGGCCCGGUGGCCUUUAGUCAGUCCUGGAGAGUUAGUGGGGACUGCAAGUCCCCCCACAAAUCCAUGACCGAUCCCUGUACCAUCAACCCCAAAAGAGUUCAUUUCGCGGAGGAAGGAUGCGCCAUGAUAACGUCUGAUGUGUUCAGCCCAUGCCACUUCCUGGUCAAUCCGGGUCCUUUCCAACGGUUCUGUCAUUAUGAUGUAUGUUCGUGUGUUGAUGGCGAGGAAUGCCUCUGCGCCGCCCUGGCCUCCUACGCAGCUGCGUGUGCUGCCAAAGGCGUGCUUCUCCACUGGCGUUCUCCAUCGCUCUGCCAGAUGGAGUGCACCAAAGGCCAGGUGUACGAGGCUUGCGCAAGCUUGUGCGACCGCAGCUGCCGCUCCUUGUCUGGAGGAGAGGCGGGAUGCGGAGCGGAGAGGGUGUGCGAGGAGGGUUGUUUUUGCCCCGCUGGAAAGUACCUGAGCGACUCCGGAGAGUGUGUGACGUCAGACCAGUGCUCAUGUCUUCAUGACGGACAGCUGUACCAGCCCAAUGACGUCUAUGCCGAUCACAGCAGCAUCUGCUACUGCGAGAAUGGAUCCAUGCGUUGCAGCUCAGCCGUAACAAGCAAUUUGCUGUCCGAUCUCUUCUAUGACGAUGAACUGGCACCCUCCAGAGAGAGGCGCUCUACACAGUGCAGCCCUCCACUGGUCUAUGCAAAAUGUGAAGCAGGGGGAAAAGGCCUGGAAUGUAACAGAAACUGCCAGAAUGCCGACCACCUGUGCGUCUCCUCCGCCUGUAUCCCCGGCUGUCUAUGUCCACCCGGCACAGUACAACAUCAAGGAGGCUGUAUAGCGCCAGACCAGUGCCCUUGUUACUAUAACGACAGGCCUUAUGCGGCAGGACAGAGUAUACCAGUGGACUGCAACACUUGCGUAUGUGAGAAACAAAAGUGGCGGUGCACCAAGACCUUUUGCGAUGGGGUGUGCCGCACCGUGGGGGAGGCUCACUACAUCACCUUUGAUGGGUUGAAGUACCCCUUUCCCGGUCUCUGCCAGUAUGUCCUGGUACAGGACAUGUGUAAUGGGGAAGAGGGGACUUUCCGAGUGCUUGUGCAAAAUGAAGCCUGUGGCAUUGUGGGACAUCGCUGUGCCAAGUCUGUGUCUGUCUACUAUCAGGGUGGAUUGAUUGUCCUGGAAAAUGGAGAGGUAAGGACGAAAGCACCAGUACCACAGAAUGCACAGGUGGAGAUCAUCCAAUCAGGCCACUUCUACACACUAUUGCUGGGGAAACACAUUUCCCUGAGCUGGGACACGGGAACCCACCUUCUGAUCCACUUAUCGGCUGAAUACAAGAGUCGGGUGUGUGGUCUGUGUGGUAACUUUGACGGGAACGUGAAUAACGACCUAGUUAGCAGUAACAAUCAGCUGGAAGUUGACUCAUUGCACUUUGGGAACUCCUGGAAGGUUGCUCCCAGCUGUCCUGAUGUCAGACAGAUACUGCCUCCUUGUGCCGACAACUUUAACAAACUGUUAAAAGUUGAGCAGUCGUGCCGCUUGCUUCUCGGUCCCAUCUUUAAAGGGUGCAACAUCCAGGUGGAUCCACAGCCAUAUGUUGAGAUGUGCAUUGAAGCAGCGUGCACCUGUGCAUCAGUGGCUGACUGCGCUUGUUUUUGUGACGUCAUUGCAGCCUACUCUCAGGCUUGUUCACAGAAAGGUGUAUCCAUCAACUGGAGAUCCAACGAACUUUGCCCGAUGAGCUGUGAGGAGUUGAACCCACGGACUCCAACUACUGGAGAAGAGUUAUGCCAGUGGAGGUACAACACUUGUGGCCCUGCCUGUCCCAUCACCUGCCAGCACCCCGAUCCCCUCCACUGCUCCCUCACGUGUGUGGAAGGAUGUCACGCUUACUGCCCCCCAGGCCAACUGUUGGAUGAAGUGGCCAUGAAGUGUGUCGAUCCCUCCCAGUGUCAAGUGUGCAUCCACGAGGGUCAGAGAAUCUCCCACGGCAACUCAGUCAUCAUCAGCCGUCAUGACCUCGCCCACUGCAAAAUAUGUCACUGCGAAUACAACAUGCUAACCUGUGAGGCUUGCACCACUUUGCCCACCGCUGCACCAACCCUUCCUUCCACCACCUUCACAACCAUCCCCAUCCCCACCAUAAUGCCAGAGUGGAUGUGCGAUCGCGCCAUGGAUCUGGUUUUCUUGCUGGAUGGUUCCAUGGCGCUGACAGAGGCAGAGUUUCAGGACGUUAAAAACUUUAUCCUCCAUGUGGUUGGGCAGUUCCGCAUGGGCUCCGCUCACACUCGAGCCGCUGUCCUGCUUUACUUCGCUAAAGUCAAACCAAAUGAGUUACAGGUUCAGAAGUGGCUGUUUAAGAAGACCGUGCGCGAGCUGCACUACGCCGGAGGCAAGAAAGCCUCCUUGGAUGAGGCAAUUAAAUAUCUGUCAUACAACAUCUACGACAAGGACAAAAGGGUGUACGCCGGGCGUGUCGCUGUCAUCCUAACAGCCAGCCGCAACUCUGGAAACUUAACCCCAUUCAUCGGAAUGCUCCGCAAGAGGACCAUCACAACGCUUACGGUGGGCCUCGGUCCCGGCGUGGACAUUAAGCAGAUUGACGACAUCACAAAGGCCAACCCCGAGAGCAAGUCCUACAUACUGAGUAGCACAGCCGAGCUGCCUGAUCGCCUGGUUGAAUUUACCAACUAUCUUUGCACUUUGGGGCUAGAACCAGAGUCCAGUACAACAACCACCCCCUCCCUGGUCACUAGAACCACCACUACACCGCCCUCUUCCCUACAUCCAAUCAAGGAAGUGACAUUCAUGAUUGAAGGCUCUGAUUCAGUCGGAGAACUCAACUUCAAAAAAUUCCUCUUGUUCUUGGAGAAAGUGGUCACACAGAUGUUUGAAAUGCAGGAGCUCAUCUACAUUACCGUGAUCCAGUACUCUGUCAAAGUGACCGUGGAAAUAAACCGCUGGGAUCUGAGGUACCAGAGGGAGCUGCUGCUACAGCGUCUCAGGGAGAUUCCUUGGCGGGGUGGGCGCGAAACCAACACGGGUACCGCCGUGACGACAGUCAUUAAGGAUAGGACCAUUGUCCCACCUUCAGGCGGUCCUGUCCCUCCACAGGUAGUCUUCCUGGUGACAGAGAACCCACCCACAGACACAGUGUGGCGGCCACCAACCACAAUCACCCAUACAUACCUGUACCCCAUUGGUGUCGGCCCCAAAGUGCAAGAGGUGGACUUGUUUCCAUUCAGCUUAGUCCUGCCUCCGAUUAUGGUGGACAACUACACCCAUCUCGACAAAGUAGUCCACCGUAUUAUCAACAUCACAUACUAUACUGUCACGCCACGCUUCCCCACGCUGGUGCCCAAGGUCCACGCCACGAUCGCUACCCUCCCGCCAACAGUGCCUUGUAGAACACCGAGGGAUGUGCUUUUCCUGUUGAAGUCCGGAGGGCAGCUUGAUGACAUGAAGACUUUUGUAAAAGCCUUCAUCAACACUGUGGAUAUAGGUUCGAAAAGCACUCAAGUGAAUGUGAUGCAGUAUGGCGAGGCAAUCACCACAGAGUUGCCCUGGAGCGCACAACAGAGCAAGUCACACCUCAUGAGCCUGGUGGAUGACAUUCCAAUGAGGAGAACAGCAGUCAUGCCACUCGGCUCAGUACUGAAGUACGCGGUCCAGUCAGCCAUUCAAUGGGGGAGAGUGGGCGUGACCAAAGCUGUGGUGAUGAUUGUGACCGACAAGUCGAGUGAUCAGGUCCAAGAAGCAGCGGACGACGCACUGGCGGCAGGUGUGUCGGUGUUCGCCAUCGGCGUGGGUCCAGGCUACGACCAGAACGAGCUGGCCACUAUCAGCCACAAACACGACAACAGCCUGCACCUAAAGAAUAUGGAUCAGUUACGGAUGCUGUUGACUUUGGACCACAGUUAUGUAGAGAAAAUCUGCAGAGCUACUCCACCAGGAAUGUGCGUUGAUGACAGUGGCAGACAGAGAAAACCUGGAGAUUCGUGGCUGCUGGAGGAUGGUUGCCAUUUGAUGUUGUGCCAUCCCAGCGGUACCGUAACCAUGGAGAACCACAAAGUAAGCUGCGAUAGACUGGAGCCCCCGGCUUGUAGAAACAACAUGCCGCCUGUGAAAGUCCAGAAGGCCUGCACCUGCCAUUGGGAAUGUCCAUGCAUUUGCAUUGGGAGUUCCACCAAUCACGUGGUGAGAUUUGACAGCUUGCCACUCAGACUGGACGCAGAGGGCCUAUGUUCCUAUACCCUCCUCAGUGUCAGCCAGAGUUGGGAGGUCACGCUCCACAAUGGACCUUGUCGGGACGGGGCAGAGUACAACCGCGUCUGCAUGACAGCCAUCGAGGUCAUGCACGGGCCAUAUAAACUCCUACUGAAGGAUGACAUGACAGUUUUACUUGGGCAAGAAGAGAUUUCGCUACCGUGGAAGCACGCAGGUCUGGAGCUAGUGCGAUACGGAGGACUGAUGUUGCAAAUCAAGUCCGACCUUGGUUACAUUUUGACGUUCACGCCGCAGCGCAACGAGUUCACCAUCAUGCUCGUCAGUUCCAGUAUCAGCGGCCACACUGCUGGACUCUGUGGUACCUGCGGGGAACAAUCUGUCAACGUUCUCUCCUUGCGUAAUGGCAGCCCCACCUCCGACCAGACGGCCUUCAUCUCUGACUGGAUGGUGGCCGCCAACCGGGGCCUAUGCGUGACGAAAAGCAAUGUGGUGUGCGCCACUGGCGCGUCCAGGGGAUGCCAAGCCCUGCGGUCGCAGGUGUUCGAGGCCUGUCAUGCGCAGAUGCCUGUCCUAACGUACCUCACCAAAUGCGAGGAGCAGGCGUGCGAGGAGUCGGACGUGUGCGAGCACAUUUCUGCGUACGCGUUCUUGUGUAGGCAGAGCGGGGUGUGUGUAGACUGGAGAAACCCUCACUUGUGCCCCUUACAUUGUCCCGCCACCAUGGAGUACAGUGCGUGCCGCACGGGCUGCGUGGACAACUGCGACACUGCACGGUCGUCACGGGGUGACUGGUCGCCUUCCAAGGGUAACGACUCAUCGUGCACGGACACGCUCACUGAGGGCUGUUUCUGCCCGGGGGGGACGGUUCUGCAUCAGGGAGUGUGUGUGCCACCAGAGAAGUGCAACCAGUGCGUGGACCAUCGCGGACACUCCUAUCAGUAUUUACAGAGUUGGGUACCGGAUGACAACCCAUGUUUGAUUUGCUUGUGUUUGGACCGACAACUCAUCAACUGCACCGCCCGACCGUGCAGUGACGUGAAAGUACCAGUGUGCAGUGCCUGCCAGGUGCUGAAAGAGAAGCAAGAAUCCAAGUGCUGCCCCGAGUAUGAAUGUGUGUGUGAUCUGUCAAGCUGUGAUCGUCCCGAGGCCCCCCGCUGUGAGGACGGUGAAGUGCUGGUUCUGAAAAAUCCAGGAGAAUGUCAACCUAUACACGAGUGCGUUUGCAAGAAGCAGGACUGCCCUGUCAGUCAACCCCAAGUUUGUGGUGUCAAUCGCCAGCUGACAGUCAAAAAGACAAAGUGCUGCGAUGUGUUCGAGUGCUCGUGUAACUGCCAGACCUCCGGCCGCACUUGCCCGGUCGGCUUCAUCACGGCCUCCAAGACGGAUGAAUGCGGGUGCACUGAGACAAGCUGCAUGCCGGAUAAAGUGUGUGUAGUGGGCAACAUGGUCCAUCCAGUGGGCAGCAGUUGGGAUGAGGGAUGCGAGAAGUGCACAUGCAGCCAGCUACUGGACAAGGAAACCUCACUCCACUUUGCUCAGUGCACUGUGCCGCCGUGCCAACGUAGCUGCCCCCUGGGUUCGACAUAUACAGUGUCCGGUGGAGAAUGCUGCGGCAAGUGCAGAGAAACUAGUUGUGUGGAGGCAAAUGGAGACAUGCGAGGGGACACACUCAUCGCAGGAACACUUAGACAGGUGGGGGAGCGAUGGCAGUCUUCUAUCAACAAAUGUGUCAUGCAUGAGUGCAUGAGGUUGAAGGGCGAGUUGUUUAUUGCUUCGACCAACAUCAGCUGCUCCACGAUAGAAACGCCGCCUUGCCCGCUGGGUUCCGAGAUGCGCUGCGACACGCAGGACUGCUGUCCCCGCUGCCACUGUGUUCCUUUGGAUGUCUGCGUCCUGAACCACACGCUCAUUGGUGCAGGAGAGAGGCUGAUGUUGGACGUGUGCACACACUGUGAAUGCAUCGUGGAGGGCGGUCCCGUCAAGAAACACCGGCUCUCCUGCACGGGGACCACAUGUGUUCCUUGUCCCUCGGGCUACACGGAACAGAAAGAAGAAGGCAGCUGCUGUGGUCGCUGUGUUCCCACUACGUGCUUUUACCGCAUGCCCGAUGGGAGGCAAAUGAGUCUGCAGGUGAACACCACCAAGGAGGAGGGCUGCAACCAAUUCACUUGUACCGUCAACAGCGAAGGGGACCUCGGCGUUCGCAUCCAAUCGACCGUCUGCCCGCCUUUCAACCGCCAGUCAUGCCUUGAACACGGGGGGACUGUGAAGCAGCUUGGAACAUCAUGCUGUGAGACAUGUACUGAGACGGAGUGUCGGAGGGCGGUGGGAACACUCAACUUUGUCAAAGUCGACAAUUGCCAGUCAGAGCAGCAGAUUAAACUGCAUUACUGCGAGGGUAAAUGUCGCAGUAAGUCCAUGUACUCCCUGCAGAGGGCCGCCAUGGAGCAGGAGUGUGUGUGUUGCGUCGCCGCGGAGACGGAGCCCGUCAGCGUUCCCGUCCUGUGUGCCAACGGAACCCGCGGCCACCACACAGUUCUGUCUGUCACCACGUGCAACUGUCAGUCCAAACAAUGCACCUAGAAGCCAACAGAAGCUAGUUAUUAAACUUUUGUUGACCUGCCUGUCUAUAUCAAAUACAAAUGUACCCGUAUUAAACAACUUAUAAUAAAACAAAGCACUUUCCCUUUC